AAAAUGUUGUGCACCAACGCGUGCCACUUGUCCCCACUCGCACUUCCAUAUCAUGCCAACCAUUGACAACCAUAAGCCAUGUUAUCAAUACCACAUCCACUCUCCAUACUCUCCAUCCGUGUCUCCCAAACCUAUGCAUCAUUCAAAUGAUGCCAAUUAAGUGAUCCAUUCAUUCUGUGUGCAGUCUCUACCUCUCAAUACCAAUACAAUUAGUGAAUUGCUUUUAUAUACAGUAUAUUCUCAUAACAUGUGUUGAUUAUAACAGUGCUGUUGUGUCCAGCAAUCAGUUUGCAUAUUAUUAUCCGUUUUUCGGUAUAAUAGUGUUUUAGUGAACAAAUUCCGUGCAUUUCUGGUUCCCCAGAAGUGACCAUAUAUUUGAAACAAGUGUAACCACAAGUGCUGUCAAAAUUUCGCCCUCACUAACAACCGUUGGCAUCUCGUCGGCCGCACCGGACAACUGCUGCAAUAAUAUGGCCGCAGACUCGCAGACAUCGCCUCAAAACCUGGAAUGGCACGCGGCUUGCCUUAAAUGUGCUGAUUGUCAUCAAUUCCUCGACGAGUCGUGCACUUGCUUUGUAAGGGAUGGCAAAACUUAUUGCAAACGCGAUUACUUAAGGCUUUUCGGUGCGAAGUGUGCCAACUGUUCAAAGAGUUUCAGUAAAAGUGAUUUAGUGAUGAGGGCUCGCAAUAAGAUAUACCACAUCGACUGUUUCCGAUGUAUCGCAUGUUCCCGACAGCUAACCCGAGGAGACGAGUUUGCUCUCAGAGACGACGGCCUCUUCUGUAAAGAAGAUCAUGAAGUCCUUCAGAAAAACGGUCCCAUCGCUAACAGUGACAAAGAUAUUAAUGCAUCAAAUGGUUUAUCUAUAAAACCGAUACCGUUGGGCCGACACCGAGAGUCGGGUCGACCGAGUGGUCACAAACAGAGUGCAGAACAUAAGCCGACUCGAGUGAGAACUGUAUUGAAUGAGAAACAAUUGCAUACAUUGAGGACGUGCUAUAACGCCAAUCCACGUCCCGAUGCACUCAUGAAAGAGCAAUUGGUCGAAAUGACCGGAUUAUCGCCCAGAGUUAUUAGAGUUUGGUUUCAAAACAAGAGAUGCAAAGACAAGAAAAGAAGUAUUUUAAUGAAACAAAUGCAACAACAAGAAAAGGACGGAAGACAAUUGAAUCUGUCAUCGAUGAGAGGGGUGCCCCUCAUAGCGACGAGUCCAGUCCGUCAUGAAAGUCCAAUUCAGGUGAAUCCAUUGGAAGUACAAACUUACCAACCUCCUUGGAAAGCACUCGCAGAUUAUGCACUACAGCCCGACAUCGAUCCCAAUGCGCCUCACUUUCAACAACUCGUAAGUCAGAUGCACGGCUAUACGGAUUUAGCACCGAAUGAUACAUCAUUAUCGUCAAUGCACGGUCCGCCUACCGGCCCCUGUACUCCGCUCUCAUAUUUAGAACCAGACCUACACCAGCCUUCGAGCAACAUGUCAUCUGAUCUGUCGUCUCCCUGUGCCAGCGACUGAACCAUACAUUCACUUCACAUCCAUUAACACACUGUUAGUUCCUCAACACAUCUCUAAGGCAUCCAACGAUUAUGUAUAUAUUCUUACCAUUUAUUUCACCAUUUUAUGUAUUCUUUCAUUCAUUUAAAGCCUUUUAAACAAAAAAUAUUACAAUAAUUUACUAAAAUCACCACAUUUUUAAUUAUAAUUAAUAAUUUGUUGUCCAUUGUAUUUAACCC